GUCAGGGUUGAGGUGGCUGCUGCUGCGAGGGCGACUGGUGGCUGCGGGAGGACGGGGCUGCGGUGGCGGCAGGAGCAACUUCUCCGCUAUGGAAAGAAUUGCUAAAGAGGAAAUGGAAAUUUCUACAACAUAAAAAAGGAAUGGUGAGUGGACAGUGAAAUGUCAACAAUUAACAAACAGCCAUACUUGACCUAUGAUCUGUGAUUGCAUCCUACCACAUAACUGGUUAAAGAUGUCUUCACAAUCUAGCUGGUUGACCACCGAAGAAAGGAACCAAGCUUUGUAUGAUCUUAAAGCUGCUGGCUGGUCUGAACUCACUGAAAGAGAUGCUAUAUUCAGAGAAUUCAUAUUCAAAACUUUUAAUCAGGCCUUUGGUUUUAUGACUCGUGUAGCUCUUCAGGCUGAAAAGAUGAAUCAUCACCCUGAGUGGUUUAAUGUGUAUAAUAAGGUCCAGAUAACUCUCAUUUCCCAUGACUGUGGUGGCCUGACAAAGCGAGAUGUCAAGCUGGCUCAAUUUAUUGACAAAGCUGCUGCGUCUUGUCUAACAACUGGGUGCUAAAAUAAUCAUAAAACAUAAUUCUCU